AUGGACUACUUCUACAAGCCACCUUUGCAGAGACAAGAUGAAUGAACAGCUCUUGAAGAGAACUAUGUCAACUGUUUAGUGCAGAAGUCAUUCAGCGAUUUUAAGAAUUUCCAAUAUUCUCCAAACACAUGUAAAAUGGACUCUAUUAUUUGGUUCCAUCUUGAGUGUCCAUCGUGGGUAGAGAAAUUUGAUGAUGAUGUUGAAUUCAAGAGAAAAUUCAAGAAUUACUUCGACAAGAGAGCUGCAGAUUACCAAACACUCAUGGAUUACAAAGCACGUGACAAAGACGAAGUAGCAUUUGGAGAGAUGUACUAUCCUGACCAGGUUAAGAAUUAUGGCGUUGACCUUUCUGCAGCAUCUCAGCCAACAGAGGAAGGUGGAGAUGGCAAUGAUGAUGAUGAAUAAAUGUAGUACUCAAGGAAGGCACAUUAGUCUUUUAAGCUAAUUCUAUUAGAGCAAUAAUAGCUCUAAACAACUCAAAGAAAGAGAUUAAUUGCCA